AUGGCUGCGAGUGAUGAGUCAAAUUAUUCUAGUAAUGAGGACAACAAUGCCAAUUUUGCUGCAAAGACCCAGGGGCGCCUUCUGCAGUUGAAGAAGGGGCGAGAUGAGCGCAUGAAUGCUAUUGUCCAGGAUUCCGCUACAGAGACGGACAAGUUACGCACCAGCAUCGCCAGGUUUCAACAAGAUCGACGAACAAAAGAAGUCCACUCCGUUGCCAUUUCUGUGAGCAGGAUUAUUGAAGCAGUAGAGCGUAGGAAAGGCAUUGAGCAGCAGAUGGACACACUCGUUUCUCGUCUGAUCAACAAAACCCGGGAGGUUGAGAGCAUGAUGAAAAUAGGCCUUCGAGGCAGGGAAGACGAUAUGAAGAAGAUCAAAUGA